AUGGUUUUACCAAAGGACAUCCCCACCCUCAAAUCUCACUCUACCGGCAACUAUACCCAAGUCGACAACGUCUUCUGCUCUGAACACAUGGUAGAUGACUUUGUAACAUGUGGUACGUCCCCGUCCAUGCGGCCCACCAAGACAGAUCACAUGCCAAUCUUAUUCUCUUUUCAUUGUAACAUCGGCAACAAACUGUUCACGCCGAAGCCCAACUGGAGGGCGACCAACUGGCAGGAAUUCAGAAAGACCCUCGAAUCGGAACUGAACCUACGCCCCCGCCACAACAUCAAUGAUGCGACCGACAUUGAGGAGGAGAUCAGAAAAGUAGAUGAAGCAAUAGCGGCAGCCAUCCAAAAGCACGUACCAAUGACAAAACCGUCCCCCCAUUCGAAGCGCUGGUGGAACCCUGGCCUGUCAACCUUACGAGCGCAACUACGCAAAGCACAGAACUACUCCUAUGCACACUGA